AUGAAAAUUGAUAUUACAUUAUGCAACAAAGGAGUUAUUGGAGAACCAAUUAAUGGUUAUGUUGAAGUAACUACACAACGCCCUGUAUUUAUUAAAAAAGUUAAAGUAUUAUUUAGAACAAUAAGUAGAUAUCCUGAUUAUACCAAUAGUGGAUCAAUUGACGCUAGAGAAAAAUCAAACGUUUCUAUUUGGGGUGAUUGGCUUAAAAAUGAUACUGGAUUUCAAAGUGUUGAGACAGAAUGUUUUAGUGAACAUUACAGUAUUAAAGAUGGAAGAUUUACUGAAUAUCCACCUGGAGUAAAUCGUUUUCCAUUUGAAAUUGUUUUACCAGAAAAUUGUUGUGUAACCGUUGUAAUGGGAAAUUGCCAUUUGAAAUGGGAAAUGAUUGGUUUAGUUGAAGAAGAAGAUUCUACAACACAUAAAUCUCAACCCUUUGAAUGUCCAUUAUUAUAUUCUCAACGCACUAUCAACGAUUAUAACCCAAUUGAUUUAGAACAUGAUACAGAAAAAUUUAAUAUUAAAUGUUCUUUAGAAAAAAAUAAAGUUCAACAAGGAGAUAUUCUUAAAGGCCAAGUAGUUUUUAGAAAUAAAAUGGAUAAAUCCCUUGAACUAUUUGUUAGUUGUGAGUCUGUUUUGGAGGCUUUAAAAAAAAAUAAUUCUGCAAUGGACAAAAGAAUAUUUUCUCAAUGCAAACACAUUGUGGGUAAAGGAGUAACUACUCUUGAACUUUAUAUACCAAUUUCACCAUUACAACUUCCUACAGUUAUUGCACCCCCAUUUUCAUUAACAAAUAGUGUUGUUCUCAAAGUUUCAGGAACAAGUCUUAGUUCUAAAGAAGAAUCAGGAAUGAUUAUACCAAUAGAGGUAUUUGCUCUUCCAUUGAACAGAAAGAAUAUGGUAGAGUAUGCUACAUCAUUAGGUUAUUCUCAUUUAACCUUUAAAAAAAAGAAUUUCUAUGGGACCCAUAAAGUUAGUCCACCUAAAAUUAACUUUAAAGAAGGAGUUGAAGAAGUUAGAGAAGUUGAUUCUAAUAUCCCUUAUUUUAUUGACCACAUUAACAGAGUUGUUUAUGAUAAUAAAACAACAAAACAUAUUUGUGAUAAAACAUAUCCUGAAGAAUUAACAUUAUUACCUCAAGGAUGGAGUUGUGGUUAUUUUAGAAAUGAACGAUAUUUUAUUAAUACCCUAACUAAUGAAACUUCAUGGCAUGACCCAAGAGAUAAUCCAUUACCACAACACGUUAUAGAAGGUGUGACAGGAUCACUUUCUAUUAUUCCUAUUCAAGCAGAAAGUGUUGGAAAAGAUAAAGGUAUUGAAUUAGAAAUAUUACUUGGCAAAACUAAACUUAAAUCAUCAGUUGCUAAAGGGGUUGAUGCUGAGUUUGACCCUGUCCCAAUACGAUUUAAUUUAGAUCAACAAAGAAAUAAUGUAUUAAUUUAUGUCUAUGAAAGUAAAGAAUUAUUAGGUGUUAUUGAACUUGAUUUAACUGAAAUGAAAUUCUUUUCUAAUAUUAAGAAAUGGUAUUACCUUCAUCCAGUAGAACAUCAACGAACUGAAACAAUGGGAAGAAUUCAGUUACAAAUUGCAUAUGCAUCUCCUUUAGAUAGGCCUCAAAUUACUGAGGGGUUUGAUUAUAUUUCUAAAGCCCAUUGGUAUUUUUAUCCACCAACACCUCAAUUCAUUGGAUAUGUUAAUAAGAUCAAUGAAUUAAGAACUAAAUUUAAUAAAGAGCCAUUAGUUAAAGUUUAUGAUGAUAAGUACAUUGUGUUAGCUAGAGAAUCGUAUAUGUAUUUUUUUCAAAUUGAUGAAAGCAUUGACUCUGAAUUUCUUAUUACUAAAAAACCAACUAAUAAACCAACUAAACCAUAUAUAAAAGUUGAUUUAACAAUUAAAGUAAUUGAAGUAAGUACUAUUCCAUGUGAAGUUACAUACGAGAAACCUAAAAGAAGAUUUUCAUUGUCUAUUAGUAAAGGAAGUAGAUCUUCUAGUAGAAAGAGAGAAGACAUUAUUGAAGGUGAUGAAAUUAAACAUGAAAGUAUAUUUGGUAGGUCAUUGUCUAGACAUAACAGUAAAAGCAGAGGAUCAAGCAAAGAUAGAGAAGCAGAUCCAGAAGCAUAUGAGGAAUUACUCUCACCACAAACCCGUUCUAGAAGUCGUUCUUCUUCAUUUGUUCAACGUUUUAAUAUUUCUUUGUCAUCAGACACAAAGAAGCCAACGUAUGUUAUUAACACAAAGAAAAGAAAAGGGUCAAUUUCAACGGGAAGUCCAUAUUCACUUGAAAACCAUGAAGAAUUAGAAUUUAUGAGAAAUGAUGAGAAUGAAGGUAUUUUAUUAGAUUAG